AUUGAAGAUUCAAGGUCAGAGCGUGUCCGAAAGAUCUGUUUUGUGUUGUCAGUCUGGUCUGCGGGAUCGGUUGGUGUGCAGCUACACAUAGUGUAGUAAACAUAUGUCUCUCUCGCUCCGAGCGAUCGCACACCGACUUCGGACACGUUCUGACGAGAUAACGAUAACAGACGAUAACAGAAACGGCAAGCCGGUCGAACUCACCACCCACGUUUGUUGCGAAAGGGUUGAAACUAUCACUUUCUUUUCUGAGUUUGUGGCGAGCAGUACAGACCGAACUUGACAGAACUACACGCCAAGUUAAGGGCCAUCACGAUCAUGAGUCUCACAGAAACAUCAAGUUCCAAGUGUUUUGGGGGAGUACAGAAAAUCUUCUCUCAUGACAGUAAAGAACUGGGCUGCAAGAUGAACUUUGCAAUUUACCUUCCUCCGCAAGCUGAGGACGGAAAGGUUCCACUCAUAUUCUGGUUGUCUGGGCUAACUUGCACUGAACAGAAUUUCAUCACCAAAGCUGGAGCCCAGCGUGCUGCUGCUGAGCAUGGUGUGGCAAUUGUCUGCCCCGACACAAGCCCUCGAGGAUUAAACAUUCCUGGAGAGGAUGAAAGCUGGGAUUUUGGCUCAGGAGCGGGUUUCUAUGUUAAUGCAGUGGUUGAUCCAUGGAAGAAGAACUAUCGCAUGUACUCAUACGUUACCCAAGAACUGCCUGAACUGGUUUUUGAAAACUUCCCAGUUCUUCCUGACAAAAUUUCAAUCAUGGGACACAGGGUGCAGGUGACCCAUAUCUUCAUGAGCUACUGCCUGAAAAUUUUGUAAAAGCAUGCCAAGCUGUGAACAUGCCUGUUGUCCUCCAAAUGAGAGAAGGCUAUGAUCAUGGUUAUUACUUUAUCGCUUCAUUCAUUGAUGAGCACAUUAAACACCAUGCCAGAUACUUGAAGGCUUAAGAAAAUAAUCUGUUAAAAAAUAUCUAUUUUGUGGAAAUUUGGGUAUGAAUGAAAUUUGUUCUGAAUUAAUAAAAUGAAUCUGGACCAUU